UCCAUUUCGGGAUUUGAUAUAGAACAUAGUAAUUGUCACAAAUGAUACACCGGGAGCGCAUGUGAGGCUAAAUAACGAUGGAAAACGGGAAACGAUCGAGCGACUGCCGUUGGCAUGUUUUUCUUUUACAUCUUCUGCUGAUUUCCACGAAGCAGGCUGCGGCUCAACUGAGGUACUCUGUUCCAGAAGAAGUGAAAGAGGGAACCGUAAUUGGAAAUAUUGCGAAGGAUCUUGGUCUGGAGAAAUCACACUUAACUGAUCGACGGCUACGGGUUGUUUCCGGAUCCGAAAACACAUUGUUUGAUGUUAAUUUGGAUAACGGAGGAUUACAGGUUCGUAGAAAAUUUGACAGAGAGGAGCUCUGUCAUGGUGAAGGCGCCUGCCUCGUGGAGCUCAAAAUUAUUGUGGAAAAUCCCUUGGAGAUGCACCACGUCGCUGUUGAAAUUACGGAUAUCAAUGAUCACUCCCCAAAUUUUACAAAAACAGAACAACAAUUUCAAAUUGCCGAACAUACGGCCGUAGGCACACGAUUUCAGCUGCCAAUGGCUCGUGAUCCCGAUGCAGGAGUGAAUUCAAUACGAUCAUACUCGUUAUCAUCAAAUGAAUAUUUUGAUAUAGAUCUAAGUCAGAGCGAUGAGGACAAAAUACCAUUUUUAGUGCUAAAGAAGCCUCUAGACAGAGAACAACAUAAGAAACUUGUAUUGUUUGUUACGGCAAAAGAUGGAGGAAAACCUUCGAGAUCAGCGACACUUAAUGUUUCAGUCACUGUGCUUGAUAUCAAUGAUAACCGUCCAUCAUUCAGCCAGGACGUUUACCAAGUAGAGAUAUAUGAAAAUGCUACAGUAGGAACUAUUGUUACAAGAGUUCAUGCAACAGAUCCAGAUGAGGGAACAAACGGAGAAAUUGAGUACAGCAUAGCUAACACACUAGCACCGAAAAUUUACAGCGUAUUUGAAUUGGAAAAGUUAACAGGUCAACUCAAAUUAAAAGCACCUUUGGACUUUGAGGAAUCUGAAAUCUACAAAAUUGACAUUGAAGCAUCAGACAAUGGAACGCCUCCUUUAACAGGAAGGUGUAGAGUGGUUGUGAAGAUAAAAGAUGUAAACGAUAACUCACCAAGGAUAGAUGUCACAUCUCUGUCAAAUACUAUAUCAGAAGAUUCAAAACCGGGAACAACAAUUUUUCUUAUCAGUGUAACAGAUAAAGACUCUGAUGUUAAUGGAAAGAUUAUCUCACGUAUACUUAAUGAUGUACCUUUUGAAUUGAAGACAUCCUAUAAGGAAAACAUGUAUUCACUUGUUACAAAAGAAAAUUUAGAUAGAGAGAAGGUUUCUCUUUACAAAAUAUUAAUACAAGCCAGUGAUUGCGGUAAUCCACCUUUAAUUACGGUGAAAACACUCAAUAUUCAUGUUUCUGAUGUGAAUGACAACAGUCCUCGUUUUACGAAAAGUCCAUUGCAGUUUUAUUUAUCAGAAAAUAAUGCUGCUGGGGCAAAAGUGUUUUCUGUAAGCGCGACAGACAUUGAUAUGAACGAAAAUUCAGCUAUUUCUUAUCAUAUUGUGAGAGAAGGGAGUCGAGAUGAUAUGUCGGCAUUUUUAAAUAUCAACUCAGAAAAUGGACAAAUAGCAGCGCUAAAGAGUUUUGACUUUGAAACUCUGAAAACUUUCGGGUUCAAAGUUGUCGCCACUGAUUCUGGGACUCCGUCACUCAGCAGCAACGUCACAGUGAACGUGUUCAUUCUGGAUCAGAACGACAACGCUCCAGUCAUCCUGUAUCCACUCAGCUCCAAUGGUUCUGCUGAAGGUGUGGAGGAGAUUCCCCGUAAUGUGAACGCAGGACACUUGGUGACUAAAGUCAGAGCCUAUGACGCUGAUAUAGGAUAUAAUGGCUGGUUACUGUUUUCACUGCAGGAAGUUACUGACCACAGUCUGUUUGGUUUGGAUCGCUACACUGGACAGAUCAGAACACUUCGCUCAUUCACAGAGACAGACGAGGCUGAACAUAAACUGGUCAUACUGGUCAAGGAUAAUGGCAACGUUUCACUCUCAGCAACAGCUACUGUGAUUGUUAAACUGGUGGAACCAAAAGAGGCUUUUGCAGCUUCUGACGUUAAAAGUGCAACAACGGAGAAUCAGGAGGAUAAUGUGACUUUUUACCUGAUGAUCACUUUGGGCGCCGUUUCUGUUUUAUUUAUCAUCAGUAUCAUCGUGCUGAUUGCAAUGCAGUGCUCCAAAUCGACAGACUAUACUUCUAAAUAUCUCCAAGAGACUAAUUAUGAUGGGACACUUUGUCACAGCAUCCAGUACAGAUCUGGAGACAAACGAUACAUGUUGGUUGGACCCAGAAUGAGUGUUGGAUCUACUAUAGUACCUGGAAGUCAUGCAAACACACUAGUGCUGCCUGACAGGAGGAGAACAUCUGAACAGACUGCGGCUGAACUGAGGUACUCUGUUCCGGAGGAGGUGAAAGAGGGAACCGUCAUUGGAAAUAUUGCGAAGGAUCUUGGUCUGGAGAAAUCACAUUUAACUGAUCGGCGGCUACGAGUUGUUUCCGGGUCGGAAAACAGACUGUUCGACGUAAACAUGGAUAACGGUGCCUUGGAGUUCCAAGUUGUCGCCACUGAUUCUGGGACUCCGUCACUCAGCAGCAACGUCACAGUGAACGUGUUCAUUCUGGAUCAGAACGACAACGCUCCAGUCAUCCUGUAUCCACUCAGCUCCAAUGGUUCUGCUGAAGGUGUGGAAGAGAUUCCCCGUAAUGUGAACGCAGGACACUUGGUGACUAAAGUCAGAGCAUAUGACGCUGAUGUAGGAUAUAAUGGCUGGUUACUGUUUUCACUGCAGGAAGUUACUGACCACAGUCUGUUUGGUUUGGACCGCUACACUGGACAGAUCAGAACACUUCGCUCAUUCACAGAGACAGACGAGGCUGAACAUAAACUGGUCAUACUGGUCAAGGAUAAUGGCAACGUUUCACUCUCAGCAACAGCUACUGUGAUUGUUAAACUGGUGGAACCAAAAGAGGCUUUUGCAGCUGCUGAUGUUAAAAGUGCAGCAACGGAUGAUGAAGGAAAUGAUGUGACUUUUUACCUGAUGAUCACUUUGGGCGCAGUUUCUGUUCUAUUCAUCAUCAGUAUCAUCGUGCUGAUUGCAAUGCAGUGCUCCAAAUCUACAGACUAUACUUCUAAAUAUCUCCAAGAGACAAAUUAUGAUGGGACACUUUGUCACAGCAUCCAGUACAGAUCUGGAGACAAACGAUACAUCAGCUCUUCGGCGCAGCUGAGAUAUACGAUAUCAGAGGAGCUCAAAGAGGGAAGUCUUGUUGGAAAUCUAGCAAAGGAUUUGGGAAUAGACGCGACUGUGAUGAAAAGAAGGGGAUUCCGAAUUAUGUCCGGCUUGAAUGAACCUCUUUUUACGGUAAAUGAGAACGACGGGAUCAUGUAUACAAGGCAGCAAAUAGAUCGGGAGCAAGUAUGUAAAGAUAAUAAUGCAUGUUUGAUCAAUAUCAAAACAGUUCUGGAAAAUCCGCUGGAAAUACAUUAUGUAACAGUUGAGAUAGCAGAUUUAAACGACCACUCUCCCAAAUUUCCCGAGAACAUACAGCGACUGGAGAUCUCAGAAUCCGCACUACCGGGAGCGCAGUACCAGUUACAGAUGGCCCAUGAUCCAGAUGGUGGUAUUAACGCGGUCCAGCAGUACACAAUCAGUCAGAAUGAUCAUUUUCGGCUAGAAAUUAAAGAUCGCGGCAGAGAUGGCAAAACACCAAUAUUGCAGUUACAGAAGCAGCUGGACAGAGAGGCCAAAGAUUGUCAUAAAUUUGUGCUUAGAGCUAUUGAUGGCGGGACUCCACCAAAGACAGGCACAGCUGAAAUAUACAUAGAUGUCAUUGAUGUAAAUGACAACAUGCCAAUAUUCACCAAAGAGAAAUAUUCGGUGUCGUUGCAGGAAAACGCUCCAGUGGGCACAACAGUGAUCCAAGUUAAUGCAACAGAUAUGGAUGCAGGACUUAAUGGGGAAGUAGUUUAUUCAUUUGGCAGUGACGUUAAAGAUCAAAUUAAAGAGAUAUUUAGUAUCGACUCAAUCACAGGGGAGAUCACUGUUAGAGGACAUGUGGACUUCGAAGAGAAAGACAACUAUGAUAUUGAUAUACAGGCCUCUGAUAAAGAGCCAUUAAAACGUGAUAAAAAGUGUUAUUAUUAAUUACAGAGAUUAAAUGACACUCCUGAGAUUGAAGUGACGUCAUUUUCAAGUGCAGUUUCAGAAGAUUCCAGACCAGGAACGACAGUGGCACUUAUUAGUAUCACAGAUUUAGAUUCCGGUGUUAAUGGAAAAAUAACAAGCUACGUAGCUGAUGACGAGCCAUUUAAAAUAACUCCAUCGUUUCAAGAUAACAUGUUUGCCGUAGUCACAAAAUCUGAGCUGGACAGAGAAAAAAAAUGCGUCUACGAUCUCAUUAUAAUAGCUAAGGACGCAGGAACACCUGCAUUAAAAUCACAAAGGACAAUACGUCUAAAUAUUUUAGACGCAAAUGACAACAGUCCCGAGUUUUUGCAGAGCCCUUAUGCGUGUUACGUGACAGAAAAUAACUCACCAGGAGCCUCUGUGUUUUCGGUGCGAGCAGUAGACCGGGAUGAAGGAGAAAAUUCUCAAAUUGCAUAUAGCUUUAUGAGAACGACAGGUAACGAACACACUGUGACAUCAUUCCUAAACGUUAAUUCUGAAACUGGGGACAUAGUGGCGCUGAAAAGUUUCGACUUUGAAACUCUGAAAACUUUCCAGUUCCAAGUUGUCGCCACUGAUUCUGGGACUCCGUCACUCAGCAGCAACGUCACAGUGAACGUGUUUAUUCUGGAUCAGAACGACAACGCUCCAGUCAUCCUGUAUCCACUCAGCUCCAAUGGUUCUGCUGAAAGUGUGGAGGAGAUUCCCCGUAAUGUGAACGCAGGACACUUGGUGACUAAAGUCAGAGCCUAUGACGCUGAUAUAGGAUAUAAUGGCUGGUUGCUGUUUUCACUGCAGGAAGUUACUGACCACAGUCUGUUUGGUUUGGACCGCUACACUGGACAGAUCAGAACACUUCGCUCAUUCACAGAGACAGACGAGGCUGGACAUAAACUGGUCAUACUGGUCAAGGAUAAUGGCAACGUUUCACUCUCAGCAACAGCUACUGUGAUUGUUAAACUGGUGGAACCAAAAGAGGCUUUUGCAGCUUCCGAUGUUAAAAGUGCAGCAACGGAGAAUGAGGAGGAUAAUGUGACUUUUUACCUAAUGAUCACUUUGGGCGCAGUUUCAGUUUUAUUUAUCAUCAGUAUCAUCGUGCUGAUUGCAAUGCAGUGCUCCAAAUCCACAGACUAUACUUCUAAAUAUCUGCAAGAGCCUAAUUAUGAUGGGACCCUUUGUCAUAGCAUCCAGUACAGAUCUGGAGACAAACGAUAUAUGUUGGUUGGACCAAGAAUGAGUAUUGGAUCUACUAUAGUACCUGGAAGUCAUGCAAAUACACUAGUGCUACCUGACAGGAGGAGAACAUCUGAAGAGGUGAGAUUACAUUGUUGUGCAGGCGUUUUCCUUGGUUGA